AUGUACGUCCAAUCCGACGGCCAUGACCAGAUUGCCGAUGUGGUGGUGGUGGGCACUGGUCCCGGUGGACUGGCGGCGGUCGGUUCAGCGGUCAACGCUGGGGUAGAAGUCGUUGCGAUCGAGGCGUACAAGGACAUUGGGGGCAACGGGACAUGGUCGACGGGCUGGGUGGCGUUCGUGAACAGUCGCAUGCAGCGCGACCAAGGCAUCCACGACUCUGCCGAGCUCUUCAUGCGUGACUGCGAAAAAUUGAUUGACGAAGCCAGCGAGCACUAUGGGAUACAGUUGGAUCCUGUUCUGGCGAAGAUCUACGCCGAGGAAAGCAGCAAAAUGUACGAGAUCCUCACCGAACGGGGCGUCAAGUUCUCCCGCCUGAUCAAGAGGCCGCUACAGACGUCGGUCCCCCGACUGGCGGCCGUCGAAAGCACCGAGCAGUUUGCGCGGGCGUUCGAAAAGGACUUUGCUGGUCCCAGGGUGCGGACGUACGUCAAUAGCACCGUUGUCAGACUGAUCGUCGACAACAACAACGGUCGUGUGACCGGCGUCCGCGUACAGCCCAAUGACUCGAAGAAGCCACCGUUUAACGUGAUUGCCAGAAACGGCGUCAUUCUUGCGACGGGCGGCUACCAAGCCAACAACGCCCUGCGCCAAAGGUACCAGCCGACGGCCAGGGAGGCAUGGUAUCCAGGUCUCCCCACCUGCAGGGGAGAUGGACACCUUCUCGGCCAAGCGGUUGGGGGAGACCUGGUGAACAUGUCCAUGAUUCCACCGAUUGUAGCCAUCGCGUCUGCUCUGACGGACGAGGCCAUUGCUGUAAACGCACAAGGGAACCGGUUCCACGACGAAGCCGGUCCGUACCAGUAUCGCGUGCAGGAGCUCAAGAAGCAGCCAAAACAACUAGCGCACUACAUCUUCGACACGGCAACCGCGAAAAGGCAAAAGAGAUAUGUCGACCAGCUGUCGAACAAGGUCAGGGCGGACACGUUGGAGGAGCUUGCACACAUCAUUGGCGUUCCAGCGCAUGAGCUAGUCGCAAGCGUGAAAGCGUGGAAUGAGUUCAUCGCAUCUGGGAACCGAACGAAGGAGCCACUGACACAAAGAGUGGACUUCUACCCCAAGGAGAUUACCGAGGGCCCGUACUAUGCGUCCAAGAUGGAGACGGGGAUUAGUUUGACAUGUGGAGGUUUCCGGACGACGACAUCGAUGCAGGUGGUCGACAUCUUUGGGGAGCCCAUGCCAGGGUUGUUUGCGGUAGGAGACACCACGGGAGGCUUCACGGUGACGGCCGAAAUGGGAGGGACGCACCUUGGAGGAGGGUUUGUAUUUGGUUGGAGGGCAGGCCACGCAGUCGCGACGGGACAGUUGGCGGAAAGCCACCAUAAAGGGGAAAAGGUCUUUGGGCAAUCGGUACCGCAGCGAGUGACACUUUCGAUCCGGGUGCCCAUUAUCAACGUCGCCACAGUUGAGCAAAUCGGCACGCCAAGGACACAUCUGUAG